UUGCCUGAACGGUUUGUCCGCUGAGAACGGGUUAGGGUUAAUUCUCUGAAUCUGGAGAACAUUGAAUCUGCUGGAAAUCCCAAUGGUCCGGGGCCGAGGUGCACAUAGAGCAGGACACACGCAGUUUGGCGGCAUUUUAUGUUUGGCUGUGCAGAUUGAAGGUUUGUUGGUGACUCUUGUCUUCUCUGUGCAGGAGCUGUCAGCUGAGUGGUGGCAGCUUCUCCAUGGCGGCCGGUGACAUCCUGUACAUUGAUAUAACGCGGCGGUGGAACAGCCACGAGCACAAAGAGUCCGGGAUGUGUCUGCAGGCGUUCUUCGAGGCUUUCUUCCACUUGGCGCAGUGGCGUUAUAAAGGACGAGCGCUUCAUGAGAAGGUGCAGUCCCUGAUGGAAUUCUGUGAAUGUCAGCUGGACUCGGUGGAGGAGAAGAGACUGCUUUGCAGCAGGGCACUGGCUGUACAGAGAAACGCCAGCUUUCACAGGACCUCCUAUCCGGUGCACCACGCCAGUGCGCCCUGCAAACUCACAGAUUACAAGCUCCAGCAUUCCUGAGCAUCGCCCCUUGACUGACUGGUGGCCCCUGCUACAUCCAUCUCUGUGCCUGCAGGUGACAAAGUUAAUCCCUACAAUCCCAUGAGCUCUAUAUUUGGCCCUAACACCACUCUACUCUACCGGUUGCAGUACCUAGUGUGCACCCAUGGGUGGCACUGUUACAACUGUAGUCUAUGGUCAUUCACUGCUGGAUCUGGUCAAGUCCUUGAUUGCUGGAGUCUGCUAUCAUGGCCGGGUCCAACACUGCAUCAGAAAAGGGUUUACUGAUGAAUCGGUGUGGUAGUCGCCUGCGCAGAGUUUACAGCUGACAGAUGGUGAUUCGGAGCAGUCGUUGCCUGCACAGGGUUUUCAGAUGACAUGAUGAAUCUGUGCGGCCGUCGCCUGCGCAGGGUUUACAGUUCACACACAGUGAAUUGGUGCGAUUGUCACCUGCGCAGGGUUUACACCUGACAGGUGGUGAAUUGGUGCAGUUGUCGCCUGUGCAGGGUUUACAGCUUACACAUGGUGAAUCGGUUUGGUAGCCGCCUGCACAGGGUUUACAGCUUGCACACAGUGAAUCGAUGGAGUUGCCACCUGCGCAGGUUUUCCUGGUGACACACAGUGAAUCGGUGCGGUCGUCACCUGCGCCUAGUUUACAGUUUACACACAGUGACUUGGUGUGGUAGUCGCUUGCACAGAGUUUACAGCUGACAGAUGGUGAAUCGGUGCAGUAGUCGCCUGCGCAGGGUUUACAGCUGACACACAGUGAAUCAGAGCAGUAGUCGCCUGCACAGGUUUUACAGCUUGCACACAGUGAAUCAAUGCAGUUGCCGCCUGCGCAGGGUUUACAGGCGACACAGUGAAUCUGUGCAGUUGGCGCCUGCGCAGGGUUUACAGCUGACACUCCAUUCAUCUGCUGUGUUUCAACUUUGUGUUUGCCACCAAACAACCCGAGCAGAUGAGCUGCUGCCCUCUGACUGCCUGUGAGGGGCCCCAGCGCGUCAGAGGUCGGGUCUUAAUCCAGGAUGUUAGUCCAGCAGCCUCUGUAUAAAUGCUAUUCUACUUCUGAGGUUCUGCACCUGUGUCUCUGUUCAGCUGGAAAGUGGGAGGGGUCAGCGCCAGACACGCCCAUUAUUUAUCUAAUAUUUAUUUUACACAUCAUUGACAGUGUAUCCUGAGGCCAAUGACAGGCGACCCUCAGUACUAACGAGGCGGCUCUUAAUAACUGCGCUUAAGUCACCAGACAGCAGCAGAAUAGCGAGCGCAGCUCUGGAGGAGAAGACAUGAUAUUACAGCAAAAUAGUGAGUGCAUCUCUGGAGGAGAAGACAUGAUAUAUUACAGCAGAAUAGCGAGCGCACCUCUGGAGGAUAAGACAUGAUAUAUUACAGCAGAAUAGCGAGCGCAGCUCUGGAGGAGAAGACAUGAUAUUACAG